AAUCAGGACUUACUAAUCGUUUUGUAAUCUGCAGGUUACGGUAAUGUCGCCCCUAAAACAAAAGGAGGUCGUGUGUUCUGCAUCCUCUACGGCCUGUGUGGGAUCCCCCUGUGUCUGGUGUGGAUCAGCAAACUGGGUUCAUUCUUUGGCGAUCGAGCUAAACGUCUGUCCCAGGUUCUGAUACAUAAAGGCGUUUCAGUGAAAAAGGUCCAGUUUACCUGUACAGCCUUAUUUCUUUUAUGGGGACUGUUGGUACACCUGGUGAUCCCUCCUUUUGUUUUCAUGGCUGUGGAAGGGUGGAGCUACUUGGAAGGCAUCUACUUCUCUUUCAUCACGCUCACAACGGUUGGCUUUGGAGAUUAUGUGGCAGGUGUGAAUCCAAACAUACAAUACCCGCGCCUGUACAGAGUAUUCGCAGAGCUGUGGAUCUACAUGGGCCUGGCCUGGCUGUCUCUGUUCUUCAGCUGGAACGUCCACAUGGUGGUGGAAGCUCACAAAGUGCUAAAGAAAAGAAGACACAGGCACAGGCACUUCUACGACGAGGAGCCACAAUCCCAAGAGGAGGAGCAACACGUGGAGGUCAAGCAGAACGUCAUCGACAUCUUCAACUUCCUGUCUGAGAAGGACGACGACGACUACGGCACCGUCAUCAAAGAGAUCGGGAUGGAGGCAAAGAGGAAGAAGCCACCGGAAAACAUAAAUCGCUCAAAGAGCUGCAGCGACAUCUUGGGCACCAACAUCCGGACGCUGGAUCGCUCGCCGCGGCACAGACGCAUGAUCAGCAUCAGUGAGGUGUUCAUGAACGCAAAGACCGACGGGGACACUGGUGAGAAAGAGGAGGCGAGCCUUCCGAUACAGGAACAGGCGAGAGACCUCAAAAAUCCAGCGUUUCCAAGGACGGACGAUGAAGAGAACAAGGACAGUUGUGUGUUUGAUUUUGACAUUGAAGGUAUUGUCUUUACUGCACCUGCCGCAGAGGCCCCAAAAGAGGAAGUCGUACAGAGUCUGGAAAGCAGCGGGAGUCGGUUUAAAAUAUCCAAGGUAGUGGAAGAAGAUUUGUUAUUGGAUAAAGAUGAAAAAGGGUAAAAGAUCCUUUACUUUCAUCACGUUUGUGGCAGAUUGGCGCGACGUGGGAGUGAUUUUAGUAAUUUAAAUAUCAUGUAUACUGUUAUGUAUGAAGAGAAGAAGCUGCAUUAUGUGGAAAUGACGCCACAAAGAUGUAAAGAAAGUGAUGCUGCACUGUCAAA